GUGUGUGUGUGUGUAUGUGUGUGCGGACCGAGGGCCCGCGCGUGGACUGGCCCGGGGCCGGCUUGCAUGUGCGGGAGAACUCUAAAGAGAAGGUAUGCCGGACGCCUGCGUCGAAGGGGUCGGUCUCUCUCGGUUUUUGAUUUCUGUUUUUCCCCCAGACAUCAUCAUACCCACUGAAAAUGACUGUCCGUGACGUCCCCGCCCAGGAGUUCAUCCACGCCCUCGCUGCCCACCUCAAGAAGACCGGCCAGGUUGCCGUCCCCGAGUGGGUCGACAUCGUCAAGACCGGCAACAACAAGGAGCUCGCCCCGACCAACCCCGACUGGUUCUUCAUCCGCACUGCUGCCAUCGCCCGCCAGCUCUACCUCAACCACACCAUCGGUGUCGGCUCCCUCAAGUCCAUCUACGGCGGCAAGAAGCGCCGUGGUGCCCGUCGCGACAUCCGCGUCGACGCCUCUGGUGCCGUCAUCCGCGCCUCCCUCAAGGCCCUCGUUGCCCUCAACAUCGUUGAGGCUCGCGCCGAUGGCACCCGUGUCGUCUCCGCCAAGGGUACCUCCCAGCUCGACAACGUUGCCAACGCCGUCCUCCGCAAGAACUAAAUCACUCCUGUCCUUGUCGUUGGCUGCCGUCUCGCACGAGAGAGAGGAGAGCAUCGCGCUCUGACUGUGGAAAUACACUUUGCCAA